AUGGGAUCCCAGCCGAGUUACUCGUUGCCGGCCGAGCAGGCCUCCUUCUCAGGGUUCCUGUUUGACAUGGACGGCACCAUCAUCGACUCCACGCCGGCCAUUGUCAAGCACUGGCACACCAUUGGAAAGGACAUUGGAGUUGAUCCUGAGACGAUCCUCCAGACAUCUCAUGGGCGGCGCAGCAUAGACGUCCUCAAGAUCCUUGCGCCGGAAAAGGCCAACUGGGAGUACGUUGCCAAGGUAGAGGGACAGCUUCCGCAGCGAUAUGGAGACGACGCCACGGAAAUUCCUGGGGCGAGGUCAUUACUCGAUGCCCUGAUGGCCCUGUCCAGCCCCUGGGCCGUCGUCACGUCUGGCACCAAGCCGCUCGUCUCGGGCUGGCUAAACGUUCUCAAGUUCGCCAUGCCGGAGCACCUGGUGACGGCUGAGUCGGUGGAGAACGGCAAGCCGGACCCUGCUUGCUACCUCAUGGGCCUCAAGAAGCUCGGGCUGCAGGAUGCAGCCGGAGACGUGCUGGUGCUCGAGGACGCGCCCGCGGGCAUCAGGGCGGGAAAGGCCGCCGGGUGCAAGGUCAUCGGCCUCGUGACGAGUCACACAGUCGAGCAGGUCGUUUCCGCAAAGCCCGACUGGGUGGUCAAGGACCUCGAGUCCGUCAGGGUCGUCGGACAGGCCGAUGGCAAGGUGACGAUUGAGAUUUCCAACGCCCUGCAACAAUGA